GUCAACCAUGCAGCACUUUGUACCCCUGACCAUUGCACGGCACUGGGCCCUUCGGAAGAAAUUUCUCACCGUCUGCUAUCUGCAAAGAGCCGCUAUGUCUACACUCCUGAUCAAUCAGCCCAAGUAUGCCUGGCUCAAAGAAUUAGGUUUGAAUGAGGACAACGACGGUGUUUACAACGGGUCUUGGGGAGGCAAGGGGGAGGUUGUCACUUCAUACUGUCCCGCCAAUAAUGAGCCUAUCGCCAGAGUACGGCAGGCCAGCUUGGCAGACUAUGAAGAAACCGUACAGAAGGCCAGAGAGGCGUGGAAACUGUGGGCAGAUAUCCCAGCCCCAAAGCGAGGGGAGAUUGUGAGGCAGAUCGGGGAUGCGCUGAGGCGGAAGAUCAAAGUUCUGGGCAGCCUGGUGUCCCUGGAGAUGGGGAAGAUCUAUGUGGAGGGCGUGGGGGAGGUGCAGGAGUAUGUGGACGUGUGUGACUACGCUGUGGGCCUGUCCCGAAUGAUCGGGGGUCCCGUUCUGCCCUCAGAGAGACCGGGUCACGCCCUGAUCGAGCAGUGGAACCCUGUGGGUCUCGUGGGCAUCAUCACGGCCUUCAACUUCCCCGUGGCUGUGUAUGGCUGGAACAAUGCCAUCGCCCUGAUCUGCGGCAACGUCUGUCUCUGGAAAGGAGCACCUACCACACCCCUCACUAGUGUUGCCGUGACAAAAAUCGUGGCGGAGGUGCUGGAACAGAACAACCUGCCCGGUGCUAUCUGCUCCAUGACCUGUGGGGGCGCUGACAUUGGCACGGCCCUGGCGAAGGAUGAGCGUGUGGACCUGGUCUCCUUCACUGGCAGCACCCACGUGGGCAAGAUGGUGUCCCUGAUGGUGCAGGAACGCUUUGGCCGUCAGCUGCUGGAGCUCGGUGGGAACAAUGCUAUUGUGGUUUUCGAGGAUGCUGACCUCAGCCUUGUGGUGCCCUCUGCCGUCUUCGCUGCCGUGGGAACCGCUGGACAGCGCUGCACUACCACAAGGAGGCUGAUGCUGCAUGAAAGCAUUCACGACGUAGUGGUGGAGAGGAUAUCCAAGGCAUACAAGCAAGUCCGCAUCGGCGACCCCUGGGACCCAAACACUCUGUACGGACCGCUCCACACCAAGCAGGCGGUGGAGCAGUACAAGGCGGCCAUCGAGCAGGCCAAGCAGCAGGGGGGCACUGUGGUGUGCGGAGGGCAGGUGAUGGAUCGUCCGGGCAACUACGUGGAGCCGACCAUCGUCACGGGCCUGGCUCACGAUGCCCCCAUCGUCCACACCGAGACCUUCGUGCCCAUACUCUACGUCCUCAAGUUCAAGACGGAGGAGGAGGCGUUCGCCUGGAAUAACGAGGUCAAGCAGGGGCUGUCCAGCAGCAUCUUCACCAAGGACAUGGGCAGGGUGUUCCGCUGGCUUGGACCCAAAGGCUCAGACUGCGGCAUUGUGAACGUCAACAUUCCAACCAGUGGAGCUGAAAUUGGAGGAGCAUUCGGUGGGGAGAAACACACGGGGGGAGGACGAGAGUCGGGAAGUGACUCCUGGAAGCAGUACAUGAGGCGAUCCACAUGCACCAUUAACUACAGCAAGGACCUUCCUCUGGCCCAGGGAAUCAAGUUCGAGUGAAGAGGCUUCACAAAAUCAGCUGUCACCAGCAGGGGGCAGCACACUCUCAAAUUCCACUCCACGCAAGAACAAACCCAUACAGAAGUACUCAAGUAUUCUUUUGUGUUUUUCAGUUUUCAAGAUUCAGUCUGGAUUAUUCCUUUACAAACUUGUAGAGAAAUGUUAAAAAAAAAAAAUUGGCACAGCAAAUCAAAAUGACUAACUAUGUGGAGAGUGUUGGUCACGUCAGUAGACAGGAUAAACGGUUAAUAAUUCAUAGAAUUAUAGUGUUCCGUUGAAUGUGACUAGGUGGUUAGUUCUGCAAGUGGAAAUUAAUCUUCCAUUUGUGCUUGUAUAGGAAUGCUAGAAGCAUAAAGAAGGUCAAAUUACUAACCGGCCCAGUAGUCUGCAUUCUUUAUAAGUAUGUCCCUGUUAACUCUGCCUUCUAAUACCGGGU